GUUCGGCCGCUCUUGGAGCGCCUGCGGGAGGCGCUGAGCACCACGGGGACCGACCCGGAGGUCUUGGUACUCAUUCCGGCAGUGCCAGCGGACGAACGCCCCGCAGACGAGGACUGCGUGAUUUGCUUGGGCGGAUGCUCUGGCGAGGAGACCAGCUGGCGGCGGUUGAAGUGCGGACAUAGGUUUCACCAUGACUGCCUCAUGUCCUGGCUGAAGAAGGCUUUCCGCUGCCCGGUGUGUCGGCUGGACGUGAACUCCGCGUACCAGUCGGAGGCUGCCGCUGCGGCGCAAGCACGGCCUGCACCCAGCACCUGA